AUGGAUUCCUCCGAUUUGUUUGAAGCUGAUCAAGCAGUUGGUGAGCCUUCGCAAACGAAGGACAACAUUGGCAUGGAACCUGUAUAUUACAAGGCUGCAGCAGAAGGCAAAAUCGAGGUCUUCAAAGAUAUUACAAAGCCUCUUAACCAACUACUAACCUCAACUAGAAACACAGUCCUUCAUAUUUACUUCACAAGCCUAAGUAAAGAAUCAGAAUCAUCAACCGCCUUUGUCAAAGAAAUUCUCAGAAUGUGUUCACCACUGCUAUGGCAAGCUAAUGUCAAAGAUGAAACUCCCUUGCAUAUCGCGGCAAGGUAUGGGCAUGCGGCCAUCAUGGAAGUUUUAAUUGAACAUGCAAAAGGGCGCCAACAAGUACUCCAAAGUGAAGGUGCUCCCCAACCAGACCUCGAAAGUGGGGUCAAUAAUAAAGCGGUCAAGAAGAUGCUGAAGAUGACGAAUGAAGAAAAUGAGACGGCCAUGCAUGAGGCUGUACGUAAUAAUCAUCUUGAGGCGGUGAAACUGUUGGUUAAAAAUGGCACAGAUAUUUCAUAUUCUGCUAAUUGUGCUGGUGAGACUCCACUGUACAUAGCUGUGGAGAGAAAUUAUAAGCAAGUGGUGUCUCACAUUUUAGCCAACUGCACAUCAUUAACUCAUGAUGGCCCACAUGGUGGAACCACGUUGCAUGCUGCAGUGAUUUGGAACGAUCAUGGUAAUGCGCUAAUGCCUAUUUAUUUUUUCGACAUUCCAGUAUGCAUGGUUUAG